AUUCUCUCCCUUCUCCUUUUGGUUCUGUUUCUGUGGUAUCUGUUUGAUCCGUGUACAUGAUAACAUAUAUCUCUUUCGGUUUUUGAUCCAUAAAGUUGAUCUAGUAAUGGCCGCUUAUAAGUGUUUGAUUUGAAGCUUAAAUUGGAGCUACAUUUCGAGAGUAACUGUGGCCAAGAAAUUUGUUGCAUCCUAUCCUCUUAUUAUUCCAUGACUUUGUGAGAUCUGAGAAGCUGUUUCAGUUUUUAAAUGGGGGAUUGCGCUGCUGUGCCAUUAUGUGCUCAGUAUCAAAUACAAAGGCUUACUUUCAAUGAUAAUCGUUUCAUACCCAGGAAUGUGUCUAUUAGACUGCUGAGAAGGAACUGCAAUUUGAGAGAAGGUCAACUCAUCUAUGGGUUAAAAUCAUCAAAGGUACAUGUGAUGAAAAUUCCUCUUCCUGCAUCAAAUGGACUUGGUUCUAGAAAAGAGCAUUCCUUGAAGUGUCAUUGCACUUGGUCAUUCAUGGACUCAGAGGGUGUAGUUCCGUUGAAUUGGAUGCUUGUUGAUCAAACGCUUCUAACAGUUAGCAUAAUAUUUACAUACAUGGCUGGUGUGAUACCUCAAAGAAGGAACUUUCCAAGUUUUACAAGUAGCAGUAGAAGGAAAUAUAAAGAUGCUGCAGAUUCUACCAAUUAUGGUAGUGGAAGUGAUUCCUGGGGCGAAGUGAGAGCAAAACUCCUAGAAGCUUUGAAAGCACAUGAACAGAAUGGUGAUUCAGAUGAUGUAGCAAUCAAAUUUGAGAACUGCAGCAAAAGUUAUCCUUUGAAUAUGUUUGCUAUAAAUGAAGGCCCCAGGUUGCGACUCUUGUGGGCUGCUUUCCAACAACUGCAACAAGAGGUCAUUAAUAUCUCACGAGCUGGAAGGGAAAAUUGGAUGGUAAUUGUCACAGAUGUUAUAAAGGGGUCUAUUGAGGCAAUAUACAUAAAAUGGCUUGAAGAUGAGCUGAGGCUGAAAAUUGGGGAGCCCAAUACAAAGUUACUUACUAGUACCAUUGGGAAGUUGAAAGGAGAUGAUAGAAUCUUACAGAACUUCAAUAGAUCAGGGAAGGGUGAACUAUAUUCAGACUUACUGUUCUUUCUCAGAUUUGGGUCUCUCAGAAAUGGUUGCUGUUAUGAUACUAAAUUUCUGACUGAGAAUGGAGUUAUUAUUUUGGAAGAUCUGGUGAUCUGGUUGGCAGAUGUAACAGCCAGUUUUUAUCUAGAGCUUGUCUCCAUUGAUGGUGACACACCUAGUGAGAUAAGUGUUUUGGGCCUGUCUCUUUGUUCUCUCUCUACCAGAUCGCUUCAAAGACUACGCAAUGAGGUGGCACUGAACCGUUGGCUGCAGCAAAAUUUUGAGUCAGUUGUUGCAAUGUUUGACGACAGGUAUGAAUUGUAUGUUCUCUCCAGGCAGCAAAGAGAGAUGCCGGAGAAUCAUAAAAGGGCCAUUUGGUGGAAAAGGUUUGCUUUUAGAAACUCUGAGGCGCCAUCUGUUGAAAAUUUUGUUCAGAUCAGCCCAUUUUCCUUGCCUGCUAAACGGACUAAGGAGUUGAGAGCCUUGACUGGAUGGAGGUAUUACUUCAGCUUGGUUUUGGAGUUCUCGGAUAUCACAAUGCCUUUCCUUAGAGCUGUUUGCACCAAGAUCAGCAAUGCGGUGUCCUUCUUCCUUGUCUGUAUGAUUGGGAGAUCAGUCGGACUUAUUUUUACCGGAAUUAGGCAAUCCCUUGGCUGGAGGAUUGGUCAAGAACACAGUGCCCAAUAAGAAGAAGACACGUACGCAGGUCGUACGAGAAAUGUACAACCGUUAAUGCAAAGGAUCCUCUGCCACGAUGGCCGGUGUGGGCUGGUGGGGGCAAUUAAUGAGAGCGUCAGGGGCAUUUAAGGCAGUGGAGAUGUGUCACUUGCAGAGGGGCAUUUUCGGAAGAAAAUUUACUCCUAUUUUUAGAACAGAUUCUCAGUUGUUGGUUCGCGUUGACCCUUUCGCUGUCCCGGGCGGGAAUGGAAUUACGCUUCCAGCGGGGAUUCAUUAAAGCCCCGAGUUCUUGUGGAAACUUCGAAAUUGCCCCUCCCCUUCUUCUUCUCCUAUGAUCUAUAAUUCUUUUUAUUUUAUUUUUAUUUUUUUGCC